UUUCUGGCCCAUCCAUCCAUUCCAACUCUUUAAUUUGUAAAUGGCAAAAUUUACUAAUUAAUUUGAUUUUUAUUUAGUUGUCAAUUACCAUAAUUUCCAUGCUCUCCCCUCUUUUUAUUUUACUAAAUUUUACAUUUGGAGUUUAACCCAAUAUUCCUAAUUCAAUUUCCUAUAUCUUAUCCCUACCUCCUCCCUCCAGAGAACAAACAUGUAUCACAAUUGCAUCUGCCACGUGGUCGAAACUCUCAACUUUUUAAACUCUUCUCUUCAACUUCGCUAUGCCUCGACGCAACUCUCUAGUCUACGUCGCAUUCGCAUCCUCCUUUCUUCUCCUUUAUCCUCACGACUGUUUUGCUAUUGUUGUUCUUCUUCUUCUUCAGCCUGCUUCUCCCCAACUAGAAUCGAAAGUCCAAAAGCUAGCUAGCUCUUCGAUUUUCUCUCUGCUGCCUACCUUUACAAUCGAAUUCGAUUCUAUUCCCCACUCCCUAGUAUUUGGUCUCUAUCCAUCUCCACCAAUUCUUCAAUAAAAGGACGACGUCCUCUUUGUUACUUUCUAGAAAGAAGAAAAGGAAGACGAUUGGGAAGAGUAAGAGAGAUGGAUAGUUUACUAUGCGAUGAACUUGUUCAAGAAAUAUUUCAGCGCCUCCCACCGUCGAUGUCCUACACCGUUCCGCUUGUCUGCAAGCGCUGGCUCUUCCUCCAUCGGACCUCUAAGUCUUCCCUUUCCGUUCGUCUGCCUACCCAUCCUUACUCAAUCUCUUCCUUCUCUUCUUUGCUCUCUCGUUACCCCCGUCUCUCUUCCCUUACCGUCAUCAUAGAUAACUCCAGUACUCCCCUUUUUUCAUCGGAUUCUAGUGCUGAAACGGAAGCCGUUCAUGGGCCCUCCUUAUUCUGGGAUCACCGCCUUCUUUCUGUGGCUUCCAAUUGUUCUUAUCUCCGCCGUCUUCGAUUCUUAGCCGGACCCGUCUCACCCUCUUCUCUCGUUUCUCUAUCUUCCUCCUGUAAACACCUCGUCUCUCUUAGUAUCUCCUCUUUUCGCCCUUUCUCAUUCCGUUGGCUCACCUCCUUUCCUUCUCUCAAGGAGCUCUUCGUCGUUGAAUCCCAUACCGCAAAUUCCAUUCACUUUCCUACUCUGGAAUUCGAUUCCGACGACGAUGACGAUGGAACCCAUACCUCUCUGCCAGCGUCUGAAUUGCCUUUGGAAAGUCUCUGCCUGACGGGAAUCGGUGCAGGCGAUCGCCGGAUGGGUUGGCUAUGGAGAAGAUGCACAAAGCUCCGGAGACUGCAAUUGCGGAGCUGUGAAGGUACGGUCGACGGCGCCUCUUUUUCUUCCUUCGUUAGGUGCUUGCAAGGUCUCCAAGAGUUGGAACUCAGGACAUGUAGGACGAUUGCGGAUGGGGUCUUGUUACGAUUAGCUGAACACGGAAGCUCUCUCAAUUCUCUCCUUAUAUACGAUGGAGGUAGCAGGGACGGUCUCCGCCAGUUUAUAAGGCGUUGCAGCUCCACCCUGCAGAAGCUUGACCUGCGUUUACCUCUCGACCUCGAUAACGACCACCUCUCCGCUGUUGCGGAGAACUUUCUCGGUCUUGUCAGCCUUCGGCUCCAAAGUUGCUGCCUUGUCACAGGUGAAGGACUCAAGACCCUUGGGACGGCCAUGAGCGCCGGACUUGAGGAAUUGGCGCUUAUUAACUGUGACGUGGUUGAAAGAGAACCUGGAUUGCUAGUCACCUUGGGCCAGAGCCUAAGAGUGCUCAGGAAGUUAGAUUUGUCUCAUAACGAGAUGUUGCUCGAUAAGGAAUUUGUUUCCAUGCUCGUUUCCUGCAAAAAUUUGGUAGAUAUUAAGCUGAGAGGAUGCAAGAAUCUCACGGAUGUUGCACUGGUUUCCAUCUUCAAAAACUGCAAGCUUUUGGAGAGUCUGGACAUUUUACACUGUUGUUGGAUUGGGGCCAAGGAAGUUGAGUUCUUUGUUCUCAACCACCCAAGAUUGAGGCGGCUUGAGGUUGAAGAAAGCAAGCUAUCUGGUGGUGCUAAGAUGUGGGCAUCCCAGAAAUUCAUCGAAUUUGUUGGUUGAUUGAUGAACCAAUGAAGGAAGACAACCAAUCAAUUUUACGUUAGGUUUUAAAUGAAACAGUCUCAGACUGGCUUCUUCUACUUACUGGAGUAAGAGAAAAAAGGGGGGCGGGGGGGAUACACUUGGUCAAAGAACUCUGCAACAACUACAAGUACUCUUAGUACACCUGAAAAUUCAGUGCCACGUUUGGCCUAUUUUUACAAGGAUUCGAUGGAUGCUUCAUCUGGCAAAACUUUGGUAAUCGAGCAAAUAUAUAUUGUUUGAGGACAUUCAUUGGUCUGUAGUUCUUCCGAAUUCUAAAACCCAAUAUGCUUUACUAGUUUUCUUUUAUUUAAACUACAGUAACAUUUUAGAAGAUUGAGAUGUUAAAAUCUCAGUAUUAGAACUCGAUGAGUUGAUCUGAACUCAAAUCAUUGAUCAAG